CAACUCGAAUUCCCAAAAAGCAAAAGAGAAGCCGAGAAAGGAACCCUUCCCUCCUCCUCCGCUCUUCGGUUCACUCGCUUUCACGCCCUUUGCUUCGAAUUCCAAGUUGGGAGUAGGAUGAGCGAGUUCUGGAUCUUCGAUUUGGUGCCGGCGUAGUGUCACUGCUUUGUUACUGAUGGCCAAGCGCGUGUAUGAAGUGUGGAAAGGGGGCAACAAAUUUCUCUUUAGUGGUAGGUUGAUAUUUGGACCUGAUGCGAGAUCACUGCUUAUCACCAUCUCUCUUAUUGUUGCCCCUGCUGCAAUCUUCUGUGUGUUUGUCGCACGACAUCUGCGCCACAAGUUUUCUCCACAUGAUGUGGGAUACUCUAUUCUGGCUGUUGCUAUCGCUUUUACUAUCUAUGUGCUGGUGCUGUUGUUGUUGACUUCAGCUCGAGAUCCAGGUAUUGUUCCCCGUGCUUCACAUCCUCCUGGGGAAGAUUUCUCUUAUGACACUUCAGUUCCUAAUGAACCCGGUGGAAGACAAACUCCAAGUUUACAGUUUCCUCGUAUCAGAGAGGAGAUAGUAAAUGGUGUACCUGUUAGAAUAAAAUAUUGUGAUACCUGCAUGCUCUAUCGGCCUCCUCGGUGUUCUCAUUGUUCAAUUUGCAAUAAUUGUGUGGAGCGCUUUGAUCAUCAUUGCCCUUGGGUUGGACAGUGCAUUGGACAGCGCAACUAUCGCUACUUUUUCAUGUUUGUAUCAUCUUCAACUCUUCUUUGCAUCUAUGUGUUUUCAAUGUGCGCUCUGUACAUCAAGUUUCUCAUGGAUGAGAAUUAUCCUACAGUAUGGAAGGCACUGAAACACUCUCCUGCCUCUGUGUUUCUUAUGAUAUAUUGUUUUAUUGCUCUGUGGUUUGUUGGUGGUCUCACUGGAUUUCACUCAUACCUAAUCAGUACCAACCAGACAACAUACGAGAACUUCCGUUACAGAUCUGACAACAGAGACAAUGCUUACGAUCGAGGUUGUGUGAACAACUGUCUCGAAGUAUUCUGCAGAAAAACAAAGCCUUCAAGGAAUAAAUUCCGGUCCUUUGUAAACGAGGAUCCUCCAAGACCACCACCAAUCAACCGUUACCGGGAGUCCGAAGACGAAUCAGCUAGUAAUCCACGAUCAAAAGUGGAAGAUGAUCUUGAGUUUGGCGGAGACCUUUUAAAGAUCUCCCAGCGCCGUAACUUUGAGGAGGUUGACGAUGAAAUAGAUGUCCGGGAUGGCAAUGGAACACACGGCAUCAUCACAGAGUCCGAAUUAGUUUCAGGUGUUGACCCGCAGCUUCCAGUUAGCAGAUCAGAAGUACGAAACUCUAGUUGGGGCCGGAGAAGCAGCAGCUGGGAGAUCUCAGCCGAGGUUCUGGCUGCAAACUCCACAGCAACAGAAAGCAGGAUUCAAGUCCGGAACGAAGCUCGUUAAAUGCACCAUCCUCCGAUAAAGUUUGAUCGAUUAUCGUUACAUCGGUUUAAUUUGUUUCACAAGAUGUAAAAGCAAAAUGGCAGGGGCUGUUCAAGAAUCAAGAUAAUGAUAUGAAGUGAAGUCUUAAUUGGUUGUAGAGCUACCUCUCAUUAAAGUUGUUUUUUAAUAUGUAGUUGUUGCAUAAUUCUUUUUGUAAA